UGUGCAAGGAGCACGCUGGGAGUGCUUUGGUGUCCCAGCUAAGGGCUAGAUUGGGAACCGGGAAAGCCACCCGCGCGUGCGGCAGCCGGUGGAAGGCUAGCUGAAAGGCCCUCCCAGCUGCGAUCGCGUGGGACCCCCUUGGUGGGACCAGCGUUCUACGCCCUAGGUACCGGCAGGACACGUGCUCCCGCCGUGUCCUCUCCUGCCCAAAGCAACCCACAGGAUCCUCUCCAGAGUUCUGGAGAGACGCUCGCGCCGGGAAGGGACUUUGCUAAUUGCAGGAAGUGAGCACGAAGAAGUGGCAGAGAUCAAGAGGAGGAGGAAAGGGAGGAGGAGGAGCAGCAGGGCAGAUCGCAGAGAGAGUCGCGCAUUGCCACGGCAGGAGGUUGGGUCCCGGCGAUCCUUCUGUUCUCAGGGGUCCCAGAAACUGCCCACCCCUGCUCGGACACUCAUCUGUCCUCUCCUGGUCUGAAUGGCUUCUCCGGAUGACCCUCUGCGCUCAGAUCACAUGGCAAAGGAGCCAGUGGAGGACACAGACCCCAGUACUUUAUCCUUUGCCAUGUCAGACAAGUAUCCCAUUCAAGACACCGGCCUCCCUAAAGCUAAGGAGUAUGAUACAGUCACUUCCAACGGUCCACCAAAUUCUGAUGAUCAACAUCAGGGAGAAGAAAAUGACUUCCCAGACAGCACUGGAGAUCCCCUUUCAGGUGUCAGCAGAAGCCAGCCAUGUAAGGAAGGCUGCCCUUGCCCUUCCUGCUCCCCCCGGGCCCCCACCAUCAGUGACUUGCUCAACGAUCAGGACUUACUAGAUAUGAUCAGGAUAAAGCUGGAUCCAUGUCACCCGACCGUGAAGAACUGGAGGAAUUUUGCCAGCAAAUGGGGCAUGCCCUAUGAUGAACUGUGCUUUCUGGAACAGAGGCCCCAGAGCCCCACGCUGGAGUUCUUAUUCCGAAACAGCCAGAGGACUGUGGGCCAACUGAUGGAGCUCUGCCGACUUUACCACAGGGCUGAUGUGGAGAAGAUCCUGCGCAGGUGGGUGGAUGAGGAGUGGCCCCACCGGGGACACUCGGACAGUUCCAUGCACUUCUAGAGUCCCCUCCUCUGGCACUGGCCUUACUGCUUGCAGGACCAGCGUGGCUCACCGGGAGAAUGUACCUGCUCCUAAGGUUUUCAGAUGAGGAUAUGGCAUGGGCAGUGGUUGUCCCUGAAGCUGGUGGCUUGUGGGAGGAUGGGUUGUUUCAAUGGCAGGUAUUUGUUUCCUUUUGCACAUUUGUUUUAAUUUAAUAUUUGAAUCUGGAAUCGGGGGUCACAUAGGGCCAAAGCCUAUGGCCGGGACAGAGUCAUGCCUACAUGGAAAGAAAAUAACAUUCUCCUUAAACACUGCGGAAGACUGCAGCAGGAUCCCAAACUAUCAAUGUCUCUGGACAUGUCCGAAUCAUCCCAUACAGUAUCUUUGCAUCCCAGCCCGGCAGAAGACGGCAUGGAGAAGUCACCCUGGCCUGUCUUAGGAGAUCAAGAGGAUACUACUGCAUAACGUGGCCCAGAUACAUAGGGUUUUUUUUUAAUCAAAUACUUUUGUAAUCUAUAGGCUAUCAAUACUGUCAUUGAAUUUAGCAUUUUUAAAAGAAAUACAAAAUAUAUGGUUUGUAGGAGAAGAGAGUGGGUUAGUGUCUUGGGGAUGGCAUUGACAGAGAAUAGUGCUCAAUAUGGCCUUUUGGGAGGCUAGGGAGUUAGCUCAGUGGUUACAAGGCCCGCCAUAUAAAACAUGAGGACCAGAGAGCCCAGGUCCCCAGAACCCACAUAAGUGAGGGGAUGAUGUGGCAGCUCACCUGUAAGUCCAGCACUCAGAAGUCAGAGAUGGCAAUCCCCAGAGCAAGCUGGCUAGCUAGACUAGGCACAUGGAUGAACUUUGGGUUCAACUGAGAGACUCUUUCUCCAUCAACAAUGUGCAGAGUGAUUGAGGGACACUUUCAACAUCAACUUUGAGACUCUAUAUGCACAUGUACAUGCACAUCUGCAUACAGGUUCAACAGCAACAACAACAACAACACACACACAGAGAUCUUUUAAAAUGCCCUUUGGGAAGGCUGAGGACAUGGGCCAAUGAGUACCCACAUAAAAGCCAGACAUUGCAGCAUGUGCCUGUAACCCCAGUACUGGGGCGUGAGAUCCAAGAACUCCCUGGCCUGCCAGAUAGCCAAAUUGGCAAGCUUUGUGUUCAGAGAGAGACCCUAUCUCAAAAAGGAAGGUGGAGAAUAACUGAGGAAGAUACCUGAGGGUCAACCUUUGACCUAAACACACUCACGCGCGCGCGCACACACACACACACACACACACACACACACACACACAACCUGCUUGUUACUCUUGGAUUCUUUUUUUUUUUUUAAGCAGGACUAGGAUCUACCACCGAGCUAUACCUGCGCCUCUGUUAUUAAUGGGUUUUAUUUUUAUGAGAACCCACAAGAAAAAAAAAGCUGGGCAUGGUGGUUUAUACUUUUAACUCCAGGGCUAGGAGACAGGUGGAUCCCUGGGGCUCAUCUGCCAGCCAGUCUAGCCUAUGUGGUGAGUUACAAGCUGGUGAGAGAUCCUGUUUCAAAAAACCAGGUGAACAGUAAUAUCCUGAGGAGCAACAUCAGAGUUCUCUGGCUUCCACAUGCACAUGUACACACAAGUUCACAGACCCCUGUACAUAUAUACCAAUUAAAGGAAACAGAAAGGAAGAAUGUAUACUGACUAUAUAGGACAGAGAUAUUUAGUGAACUCAAAAGAAGGUGAUUUUUCUAAACCACUUUUUUUUUCUCAUAACAAUCAGAUUUCCCCUUAGAUUGGUAAGCAACACCAGCUUCUCACCCAGUGUGGACUCCAGUCAGCCACAUCUACAGUGAGACUGCCCAUCACUUCUGGUUCACUGUUAAUCACGCUGUUAAUUAACGUCCACCUUAUUGCCAGAUACAUUUAAAGUGGCAGCUAAUGAUCAAAUGCAGACGUUUCAAUGGUUUUUAGAUUUAUUUGUAUGAAUGUUUUUCCUGAAAGCAUGGUACCUGCAGAGGUUGAAAGGUGUCAGAUACCCUCGAACCGGAGUUACAAACAUUUGUUUAUUAGUCUCCAUGUGGGUACUGCGAACUCAUCUGCAAGAACAGCUAGUGAGCUUAACUGCAGAGCCCAUCUCUCCAGCCCCUAAAUGCAGAUUUUUUAUAAAUAACUUCUCAGGAAAGUCAGAUGUUGUGAGCAUCAUGGGCUUGAUCUAGACUCCCGGCAGAACUUGGGGAGGGGAGAGGGUGUUGUGGGAAACUCUAAACAUUUCACAGAUGUAAUUGGUUGCCGUCUUUCACAUUAAGCUGUCCAUGGCAUGAUCUGGCCGUUUUCACAGGGUCUCCUAGCCCAAGCUGCUCUCACACUCACUCUGUAGCAGAGGAUGACCCAGAAUUUCUGAUUGCCUGCCUCUGCCCUCCAAAUGGUAGACCACCACAUCUGCUUUAGCUCUCACUUCCUAGAGCAGAAACAAGUGUAGGGAAAUCGCUUUGCAGGAAGGAACUCAGAAGGUAAGGCUCAAAGAUAGAGGGAUGUUGGAGCAUUAGGAAAUGCCAGCCCUAGCAUCCUAAUGUAUCCUAUAACUUGAGUUCCAUACACCACAAACUUCCAGAGUGAAUGCUGUUCAAGACUGGCCUGGAGCAGCUGAACCUCUCAACCAUCCCUUUCACAGGAAGCAUUGCCAGUGCUUUGGCCUCUAAACUGAACUGGUCAUGACACAUCUCCAGAACACAGCUGUGCUUAUAAGUACUCACUGAGUUUGCCUUUCGAGCAUUGGACCAAAACUGUCAAGCAGGGCUAGGGGGAUGGCUCAGCACUUAAGAACACUUCCUACUCUUAAGCUAAGUUUCAAGUACCCACAUGGGGAGGGUCACAACUGCCUGUAACACUAGCUCCUGGGGAAUCUGACACCCUCUUCUAGCCACCAGUGGCACUCAUUCAUACACAGCAUACACUUACACACACACAAAUAAAUCUCUAAGGGACAAUGUCAAGACUGUUCUGGGAGUAUAGCUCAGUUGGUAGAGACCUUGCCUAGCAUGCCAAAAGACCUGAGUUUGAGCCCCAGCAUUGCAUAGACCGCUGUGAUGGUACAUGUCUACAAUUCCAGCACUUGGGGGUACAAGUAGAGGAUUAGAAAUUCAAAGCCAUCGUUAGCUACAAAGUGAGUUUGAGGCCAGCCCUCGAUAUAUGAGACCCUGCUUCAAGAAGAAAACAAAAUAUCUUGCAAGGCAUGUGUACUGCUAUAUGAUUGCCACUUCAGCAUUUACCUUGUGAGAAUUUCUAAUUAAUAGGAACAUGGAAUCAGCAGAGAAAUACUGAAAAAUUUCUUCGAGUUAACUCUGUCUAUAAAUGUAAGAUGACUUGGAUCUGUGUUGUACACAGAAAGCCAAGGAUUAUCCUCAGCUACAGUACAAACCAGCUUAUUGAAAGGUAGCGUAUAGCCAGUGGCUUCUACAGACCCCGUUCUAUAUACCCUGGAACUUCAUAAAGGUGAGACCGGGGAGGAGAAGGUCACUUUAUGACCAACUGAUUAAAUAAUGAUUAAAAGCUUAGUCGUUACUUUUUAAAUAUUUGGUCUUUUUUUUUUUUGGUUUUUCUGAGACAGGUUUUCUCUGUGUAGCCCUGGCUGUCCUGGAACUCACUCUGUAGACCAGGCUGGCCUCGAACUCAGAAAUCUGCCUGCCUCUGCCUCCCAAGUGCUGGGAUUAUUGGCGUGCGCCACCACCACCUGGCUUAUUUGAUCAUUUUUAAUUACAUGUCUCUGUGUGAUGUGUGCACAUGAGUAUAGGUGUUUGUAGAGACCUGAGCUGUCAGAUCCCCCAGAGAUGGAGUUGCUAGACAUGGGUGUUGGGAACUAAACUCAUGUCCUUUACAAGAGUAGUGUGAGAUCUUAACUGAUGAGCCAUUUCUCCACCUCAUCAUCAUUAAUCCUUAAGAGCUUUCUGUCCUGGACACCCAUAUAAGGCCAGCUGCUUGGGAAUGAGGUUGUUUUCCUAUUAAAAUGUUGAAAUCUGCUCAGCUAUGUUUCCCAAAGUAUUUUUCUUUAAGCAAAAGUUCCAUCUGUAAAGGACCGUGGUGAGGCCAUAUGUAGUAUGCAUUUUAUUUGGGAACAGUAGUGGAGAAUCAUCUGAAAGGGAGGGACUCAAAGCUACACUGGAUACCCAUAUAUAAAGGGACAGAUGACACACUCCUGGGACCCACACCAGAGGGUCGGGCAAAAACAUGGCAUGCAAUAUUAGCAUGGUGAUGUUUUUAACUAGUUAGGGCUUGAAGCUGUGCUAGGACAUCCAACCUGUGCCUCUUAAAAGGAAAGAGAAAGGAAGAAAAGAAAAACCAAGCCAAACAAACAAACAAAAUCUCUGUACAAAGUAGCCACCUACUUCUGUAGCACUGACUUAGUAAUAAUACAGGAAUUCUGGUCAUCCUGAACAGUAAUUUUAUGUGAUGCUGCCCCCUGUUGGAGGAUACAGAGCCUGGCUUGGUUAGGCGCCUUCCAAGGAGGCCCCGCUAAGGCAGAAAGAGAAAGGGUGCAUUUUCUCUGUGACUUGGUAGACAAAGGCACUAUAGUGGCGACGACAGAGGUUCCUGUCUCCAGGAUUUGCCUAGCACAGUGGCCUGGUACUCAUCUAUCAGCACUGAUGGAUGGACUUACCUCCUCGGGGACUGAGGGGACUGUCGUGUCUACUGGGUCUCGUCCUCUCCCAGUUUAGCACCCAAGGAUGCUUCACCUGUCUUUCAGCCAUCUACAUUACAAAAAGACAUGCUUAUAAAGACAGGAUUACAAACAGAGGCAGAACGGAUUUCUCUCUUCUGGCCUCUCCUAUGAAGGCAGUUAAGCAGCUCUCACUUGGUUUGGAGCAGACUUUCCCCCAUGCCUUUUUUUGUUUUUAAAUCAACCCCAUUGUCACUGCUUUGUAAUUUCCCUCCCAUUUGAAGCCACGAUAUUGCUGUCUAUGCCACUUGCUCAGAGCCAGCUGUGUGCAUAUCUCAAAUCAUCUUCUUCCACCGGCCAACAGUAUUCUCCUCUCUGAGCUGGCAGCAAACAUCUGCUCCAUGUUGUCAUGUGUACACACCAAAACAACAAUGCCAUGGACCUAGCAAUUCCAAACCACUCUGCUCUGGGUGCUACAAAACCAAAGAUGGAGGCACACGCCUUCAGAAGGCACACUGAGAGACAUUUUCUGUCUCAUUGCCUGCCUGGGACUUGGACCCUAUCCUGGGGUUCCUGGGCACUUGGUUAUAAAUGCACAAGGAAGGGUGAAUCUUGCCUUUGUUGUGUUUAGAGCGAAUCAAAGCCAAGAUGCUGGGCCAAGUGGUGGGGCUACUGGAGUCUCAGCAUCAGUGGAUGGAGUGUCUGUGGGUUCCCAAGACCUAAACUUGUGUACCUUGGUGGAGCAGGGCACGCUAACUUCCUCCCUUCCUGCAGCUAUGGAGGGGUAUGGCUCUGAGAGUCACGUCUGGCAGGGUGGUCAAUAUACUGAAGGCCCUGGAGUGGUCAGUGAUGCAACUAGAAAUGAAAUGAUGGAGUUGCCCAGAUCUCUUGGAGGUGAAAGAGGAUGUUCCAUUUUGUGUGACUAUCCAGUCCAUCCUCUGCAGUAUCCCCCUGGGAACUCACACAAGGCAUUUUGGCCUGGGAAGUCAAAGCUUCUGAAAGCCCUGCUUCCGUGGGAUGCCAUCUAUACACCUUGGUGCUGUCCUUUCGAAUCUGCCUACAUUUCAUCUCCUCUAUGAUUCUGUUUUUGGAAAGACUUUAUAACUGUAAUAAUGGGUGCUACAAAAUUAAAAUCUGAUGUCAACCACGG